AUGUAAACACAAAAAUCAAGGACAAUCGCCUUCGCCUCUUCUUUGGUCGGUUUUUUCCUGAAAAUAAUCAAAAUUAAUCUUUAAUUUACCAAAAAUGAACACCCUAAAACUCCUGCCAACUCUUUUAUCCCGAACAGCACAGAAUACAUUACCCCGUGCAUUUACAAGUUCCGUAGAAAAUCCACUCGAUGAGUCUCACAAGUGGCCUAGGAAAAUAUUCUCUGGCAUUCAACCAACUGGUUCGCUCCACCUAGGCAAUUAUCUUGGAGCUGUGCAGAAAUGGGCCGAACUACAAAAUUCCGGUGAAGACGUAACUUACUGCAUUGUAGACCUCCAUUCGAUUACAGUGCCACAAGACCCCGAGAAGUUACGCAACAACAUCAUUCAAAUGACUGCCACAAUGCUGGCAUGUGGUAUCGAUCCAAACAAAUCCACCCUCUUCCUUCAGUCAACAGUGAAGGAACACUCCGAGCUUAAUUGGAUUCUAGGUUCUUUAACCACAAUUGCUAGGUUAAGACAUCUACCUCAGUACAAAGAUAAAACUCAAAAAAUGAAGGAGAUUCCUUUGGGAUUGUUUUUGUAUCCAGUGCUCCAAGCUGCUGAUAUUCUCCUUUACAAAACCACUCAUGUCCCAGUUGGGGAAGAUCAAGUGCAGCACAUUCAGUUGACCCAACAUUUGGGAAGUCUAUUUAACAAUCGUUUCGGAACCACCUUUCCCGAUUGUCAUGCCAUCAUUGACCGCAAAGAAGCCGCCCGUAUCCGGUCACUGCGCGACCCAUCUAAGAAAAUGUCCAAAUCCGACCCAGAGGUGAAGAGUUGCAUCUAUCUCACCGAUGAACCUGAUGUCAUUGUGGAAAAGAUCAAAAAGGCAGUCACAGACUUCACCUCUGAAGUGACUUAUGAUCCAGAAAAUCGACUAGGAGUGAGUAAUUUAGUUGCCAUUCAUUCGUUGGUUUCGAAUGGCAAGACUCCCGAAGAGAUUUGCAAAGAUGUCCAAGGUAUCGAUACUGGAAAAUACAAAAUGGUUGUUGCCGAAGCUGUCAUAGAACACCUCAAACCGAUUCGAACGAAAAUCAAUGAAUAUUUGAAAAAUCCCAGCGAAUUAGUUUAUAUUCUGGACGAUGGACGGGAGAAGGCGCGGACAAUUGCCGAAGAGACAAUGGCUGAGGUGAAGCAGAAAGUUGGUUUGGGAGCGAAUAUGUCAGAGUUUGCAAUGUUGAAAAAAGUCUCAAAAGGAGUCUAGUCAUGAAAAUGUUGUUGAAUAAAAUGUAUGUGUUAGUUUCGAAAGAAGAAAAUUGAG